GAUGAGCUAGUGAAGGUGGAUUAUUCUCAUUGUGUGUGUUUGCUGUCUUGUCACAAACCUCUCACUCCUUCCAUCCCACUUUCAGCACUACACAUCUCCUUCUUCCUCUUGAGUGUCUAUACUGUAGUUAUCCUUCUGCAGUGAUAAGAUCUUGGAACAGCAUAUUAUUAUCCCAGGCAACCCUCACCUUCCUCAAUCACUGAGAAUGGAGAUGGGAUUUCCAGAGGUAUCCUAAAACUCAUCUGCUUGCAAGAUCAUUUCGUUAUGUAACUACUACCAAAGGGACUGGAAGAGACAUACAGUAGAGGAACUUUAUUAAGCAUCUGGAAUAGCCUAACCUUCAGCAAAUUUCUGCAAUAAGAUAAGGUGGAGUAUUUAUUGAAAAAAUGAGCAACAUCUAUGAGUCAGCAGCCAACACACUUGGAAUUUUCAACAGUCCUUGUCUUACUAAGGUCGAACUAAGAGUUUCAUGCAAAGGGAUAUCGGACAGAGAUGCACUUUCCAAGCCAGAUCCCUGUGUUAUACUGAAAAUGCAGUCUCAUGGACAAUGGUUUGAGGUGGACAGAACAGAGGUCAUCAGAACAUGCAUCAACCCUAUUUUCUCUAAAAUCUUCACAGUGGACUUUUAUUUUGAAGAAGUUCAGCGUCUACGUUUUGAAGUUCAUGACAUUAGCAGCAAUCACAACGGCCUGAAAGAUGCAGAUUUCCUUGGUGGCAUGGAGUGCACUUUGGGACAAAUUGUGUCACAAAGAAAACUUGCAAAAUCGUUGCUGAAGCAUGGAAACACAGCGGGAAAAUCAUCUAUAACGGUGAUUGCUGAAGAAUUGUCUGGAAAUGAUGACUAUGUGGAACUUUCCUUCAGUGCACGGAAACUAGAUGACAAGGAUUUUUUCAGCAAGUCCGAUCCAUUUUUGGAAACGUUCAGAAUGAAUGAUGAUGGCACACAGCAGCUGGUUCACAGGACUGAAGUUGUCAUGAAUAAUUUGAACCCACUCUGGAAAACGUUUAAAGUCUCUCUGAAUUCCUUGUGCAGUGGUGACCAUGAUCGCAGGCUGAAGUGUAUAGUCUGGGACUGGGACUCGAAUGGAAAACAUGACUUCAUUGGAGAGUUCAGUUCAACGUUUAAAGAAAUGAGAGGAGCAAUGGAAGGAAGACAGGUACAAUGGGAAUGCAUAAAUCCAAAGUACAAAACGAAAAAGAAAAACUACAAAAAUUCAGGCAUUGUAAUUCUCAACUUGUGUAAGAUCCACAAAAUGCAUUCAUUUUUAGACUACAUCAUGGGUGGAUGUCAAAUACAGUUUACAGUAGCAAUCGAUUUCACAGCAUCAAACGGUGACCCACGGAACAGCUGCUCAUUACACUAUAUCCAUCCUUACCAGCCGAAUGAGUAUCUGAAAGCACUGGUUGCUGUUGGGGAGAUUUGCCAAGAUUAUGACAGUGACAAAAUGUUUCCUGCCUUCGGUUUUGGUGCCAGAAUACCCCCUGAAUAUAAGGUUUCUCAUGACUUUGCAAUAAAUUUUAAUGAAGACAACCCAGAAUGUGCAGGUAUACAAGGAGUAGUAGAAGCCUAUCAGAAUUGCCUCCCUAAAUUACAGCUGUAUGGGCCAACCAAUAUUGCCCCUAUUAUUCAAAAAGUGGCAAAAUCUGCGUCAGAGGAAAACCACACAAUGGAAGCCAUGCAAUACUUUAUCCUUCUCAUCUUAACGGACGGUGUAAUCACAGACAUGGCCGACACUAGGGAAGCCAUAGUUCAUGCCUCACAUCUUCCCAUGUCAGUCAUCAUUGUUGGUGUUGGCAAUGCAGAUUUUAGUGACAUGCAGAUGCUGGAUGGAGAUGAUGGAAUACUGAGAUCACCCAAGGGAGAGCCUGUACUCCGGGACAUUGUUCAGUUUGUACCAUUCAGGAAUUUCAAACACGCCUCUCCAGCUGCUCUUGCAAAAAGUGUCCUGGCUGAAGUUCCAAACCAAGUGGUGGACUUUUAUAAUGGCAAAGGGAUCAAACCAAAAUGCACGUCGGAAUACGAGUCUUCCAGAACACUAGGACCUUGAACUUCUCUGCACACUUUUACAAAGUCUCAAAAUAACAAUAAUAAUCAUUAUCAUACAUAAUAUAUAUAUAGCACGUUUUAGUGAUUUUUAACUUACCAAUAUAUUAUUUUCUUGCAUGUAAAGCUUGAGGCUUGGAUCUGAAUAUCAGUUAUAAUGUUAAAGACUUUUUAUGGGAACAAAAAAUAAUAAUUACAGCAUGUCGUCUUGAAAGAGUUAACUAGUUCUGGUUUUUUAUACAGAUUUGUUGAAAUUUUGCUAAAUUUCUUAUCAUAUUUACACUUUAAAACAUUUUGAAAUAUAUAUUGAAAGUUCAUAGCCAACUACAUGGUUUUAUCUGAUGGGAAACAAAUCAGAAAAAUGUUUUUGACCUUUUUAAAUGGCCGGUGCAUGGUUUUGGUAUUUUGCAUGUGUGAUAAAAAUUCAAAUUUUAUAGUGACUAGUUAGUUACCUCUUGUUACUAGGGUCCUACUUAAAAUUUUGUAGACAAUUAACAAAUAAAAAAGGGGUAUUUUGGUUUUGAAACUUUCUAAAAAGCAAGUCGAGACAUUCUGGAUUUUUAAUAGAUUAUACGCAUAAUAAUAAUAUGACUUAAUAUAUUUAUAUUUUAUUUAUUAAACAACUAUAAUUACUAAACUGUAUUUAAGUACAUACAACGCUACUUCCAUAUAAUACAAAAAAAUCAACAAUUGGCAUGUUGGAAAACCCACAUUAUUAUAUAUAUAUAUUAAUCUAGCUAACAUACCAAGGAAUCGGAAACAUAGUGGGAGGAUGUAAUGAAGUCCAAGCUCUGCGGCUGUGUAGGAUGCUGGCCAAAUUAGGACUUUUUUUAAUUGCGCAAUCGUACAAGGCUAAACCAUGCUUGUACAUGAUUGACUUGUACAUGCCUUCUAUAUUACUUCAUUACAUCCCGCCCAUUGUAUGUCCAAUUUAGCGUCUAGGACCAGCAAAAUUUGCAUUUACUUUUUAAGUGCCUGAUGGCAUCAAGUGACACUACAAUAGAAGUUGCAGCUGUUUCAUUUGCAAGCGAACCCUUGGGCCCCAUGUAGCCCAUGCUGUAACCCCAUUUUCCUCCAAUCUGUAGAAGACCCUGUUUGUCUUUAGGGCUGCUAAGUGCUGCGGCUAGCUGUUACCCAGUGGGGAUCAGUGGUGCUGCAGGAAGUAAAAGAUGCCUGUACCUGUAUUGUAGAUAUACCACAAGCGCAGAAAAGGUUGCCAAUAGCAACCAAUCAGAUUCUAGCUAUUAUCUUCUAGAAGCUGUUUUAUGUUAAGAUUACAAAAAAUAUACAAUUAUUUAUCUUAUUGUUGACAUUGUUGUUAUUAUUCUGAUUAAUACUCUGAAUACUAUUAUUAUUUAUAUUAUUACUACUACCUGGUGAAAUGCAUACUUGUAUGUCAUUUGCUCAUUGUAUCAUUAUACAUCAAUGCAACUAGACUUGACAUACUUCAGGAAGGUCAGCGAAUGCAGCCAUUGUUCUGGAAACAUACAGCUCUCUUCUAUGAGAUAGACAACCGAAAGCAACUGCUCGCAAAGAGUGAUUUUAAAUUGCACAUAUCUGACCAAGCAAUGGGUAUGCCCUUGUUAUUUUUAAUAUUUAGAUUUUUUUCCUAUAUGGAGUAUAUCAUUCCAUGUAAUCUAUUUGCAUAGAAGAUUCUAGACUUGCUUUACACCCACCACCAAAAUCCCCCCAUGCAUAUUUUUGUACAUGCACAGACUAGUGGCACCUGAAAGAGUAUAAUGUUGUAUAUAAUACAACAGAGCUGCAGAGUGCAGAGUGUAGAGUGCAGAGCUGUUCUUACCAGAAUCAUUAUGUGGCUAGUUAUAUCUACUGUACCAAGAGGUGAAUUGUGACUAUGCAAACUGACAGUUAAAGCAGAGUUUCCAACUGUAACCUGCACAAUAUUGUCAGCGAAUGGUGUCAUAACUGCACAUCCGUCUAUGUAUUUGGACAAAAUAAUCAUUAGAAAUGAUAAAUGAUAAUCUGUGUAUAGCUCGGGUCACAAGUGACAUCCAUUGUGGCGACUCUGUGGUCGGUGGACAUUGUGUGAUCGCUGUUCUCCCUCCGGUACACCCCUGUUUCAUAUCAUUGUACUGAACAUUGCUUUCUUUGGAAAGACUUAAAAAGCACAUUGUAGCACAUAGGCAAUUGUAUUAUAUGUUUAUCAACUGACUUUCAGCACAAGACAAAUACGGAUAGCACAGGAUGAAGAUGUCAGUAGCCUGAAUGCUUGUUUACUGCUGUUUUAUAAAAUAUCUUUAAAUAGAUUUAUAUUGUAAAUAUUGAAGAUUUACUGCUUGGUUGAUAUGCUCCAUAGACCAUGCUACAAAGCAAUGACCCAGUAGCCCAGUUACAUGUCAUUACCCUAAGCAAUGCAUAGUUUUUCUUAUUGUGGUAUAUACAGUAUAUUCCUCGGUCACAAUGUUGACAUUCAUCACCAUGGGUGUGUUGACAUUAUCGUAAUGACGACAUUGAUCAUGUCUAAUUUUGACCCUAACGCUAACCCAGACCCUAACUUUACAACAACAAUAGCCCCCUAAGCCUCCUGGAAAUGUCGACAUUAUGACAAUAUUGACAUUUCCAUUGUCAACAUUUUGCAGGUGUUGGCAUUUAUGAUGUUAACCAUAUCGGCAUCAUCAAUGUCAACCUAAUGGUGUUGACAUUGUGACUAUCUUACAUGCUGAACGCCCACGCUGUGACUGCAUAGCGUUUCUCCAGUCACCGCUUUUUAGAAUGUACACUGCAUCCGUCCCCUGACCUUUACCCACUCUGGAAUACAUGGCAUAGAUCUACAUCGGGUAACCUGAUAUACGGUACAAGCUGAAUAGGGGUAAAUUUAGUACUUUUCAAAGUUGCCAUGUCUUCAGUGGUUUCGGUUGCUGUAUUUAAAGGGCAAGCAUUUUAAAUGCACAACCAGGCAUAAUUUGUAAUUAACAUUAUUGCAACUUUAAAUCCAGCAGACAAAACCACUGAAGACGCGAAAGCUUUGUAAAGCGCGGUAUAGUAAAUUUACCCCAGAGUGUUUAUUUGUCCCUAAACAUGAGACUCAGGAAAUGGUACUUAUUAUGACACAUUAGUGAUGAAGAAACUAUCAUGCUGCAGCUUUUACUAAUCUGUACUGUAGUCCCACCAUUAACAAUGAGUAUAGUCAAACACACCAUGACAUCAGGUGCUAGUACUUGGGACUCCUGAAGCUGUGAAACACUAUACUUGGAUAUAAAAUAGUUUUAGUAUAUCAAUGUUUCUGUGUGAAAAAUGGAAAUACACCUUUAUUUGCAUAUCACAUUACCCAAAUUACGGUGUUGCAUACCUUCCAACAAAUUGUUGCUCUAAAAAGGGGUGUGGCCUUAGAGGGGUGGGCGUGGCUUUGGGUAGAAUGGCCUGGCCUUGCGGCACAUCCCCCUGGUUAUGACACUCUUGGGGCACCCCUAGCAUACCAAAAGCUGCUGGGCUGCCCCUAGGAGCACCGCCCUGUUCUGUUUAGAUGUCAUGCAUGUGCACACAGCAUCUAUUUAGGAUUCACCUGCUGUUCUGUGCAGAGCAGUGGUGAUGAAGUGCUCCCCCAACCUUUCCCUUACCAGUGGGACACUGUCCUAUACACGGGAGGUAUGGUGUUGUAAGAUACUAAGGAGACUAUUCAUUAUUACUAAUGCUAGUUUCUGCAUAUUUUUAGUAAUGGGCCCAUUCAUUAUUAGGGGGCCUGAUGGAAUGCCUAAUAUUCAGCAAACUCCAAAAAACUCUCUGUAAAUGACUGCAGCUAACUGAAUAUUGGCCUUAGAGUGUAAAAUGUACUUUUUGUCCUAUAUUUUGGUGUUGUUCUUUAUUCUCUUCAGAUGUCAUCAUUUUUAAAUUUUUUAAUAUGGAGCGUACAUAUUCUGUUGGAAAAAAGUACAUACAAACGCCUACAUUAGGUGUAUAAAAGGGAUGAUUUUUGUCGGUGUUAACUGAACCACCUCAUGAUUUGCUCAUUAGCAUAAGAAGAAAGAAACUGGUAGUAAAAAAUGGGGGUCUAACCUCUAAGUACAGUAUAUGGACUUCUGACAACAUUCCUAAAGACAAAGAAAGGUAACAUUUCCAUUUCUGCUCUUUUAUAGAAUGUCCCCAAAAGUGAUUAGAUACAGGCUGGCGAAACCUUGCUUCCCUCACUCUGCCUUCAUGUGAGAAUUCUUUAGUAGUAGGCUACUGUACAUCUUGAUGUGAGUUGCUGUAUUUUAGCAAGAGCAUUCCUCAAUGGAAUCUGAUAUAGUACUUCAGUUACUCCUGUAGCUCACUAAUGUGUUUGCUGUAGCCAUCAUUUUAUGGGCCGAUUCUUGUAGCUGAACCUUAAUAGACCCUUGCCAACUCAUCAAUUUCCUAUUUGAUUUAUAACUCCUGAACAGCGUUAAUAUAUUAUGUGGGUUUAUUUUGUUCCCACUAUAUUAAAUGGACCACAAAGUCAUUCCUACCACUACACGGAGGUAAAAACUCAGAUUAAAUGGUCAUUUUAAUAAAGUGAUUUUACAAUCCCAGAAUGGAGCUACCACCUUCCUUAUCUUUAGAGACUUACAAGAUGUCAGCCAAUCCUAAGACUAUAAUUAUUACAUGUGAUGUAAAACUGCAUAUAGCGCUUUGUGUCUUGUAUUUCCUAUACUUUGACAUGCUGAAUUUUUAUGUGUCAUAUUAAUAUUGCACUAUUUCAGGCUUUUUCUACUCUAUUGCUGCAGAUUUCUAUGUUAGCUAAGUGUACUAUUAUUUCUUGCGGUGAACUAUGCAGAGGACGAGCUGAUGACUGACAAUAAUGGGUACGAAUCUGCAAGCACUUUUCUAUGUGUAGAGAUAGAUUUUGUACAAAUGGCUGUAUUACCGAUUGGUCUUACAAAGAACCAAACCUUGUGAUAAUACAGUACAGUACAAUAGUUUCUAUAAUGUGAUUCUAAAUCUAGAAACUUCCACCUGAGAGGAAGCUAUGUAUUUCCUGAAAGUGAUGGGUAUUUAACUUUUUCUAUAUAUUUAGAUUCUUUUUUUUUCCUCCGGAAAAUCUGAUAGAUAUAAAUGGGCUAUAAAUGCAUCAGAAGAGUUAGGUGGUGUGAAUACAGGGUAGGUUUUAUGAUAAUAGCUAGUUAGUGAAUUCAAUGGACUAUAUUAUUUAAAGUUUGGUUGGUCUUCAAAUAAGUGCAGUACUAAGGUUUAGUUUACACUCACAUUUAGUGGCUGAUUCUGAGUCACAUUCCGGUGUGACUGCUUAAAUGUCUUAUACCAUAGUUGUGUCUGUGACUUUAUGCUAAUGCUACAUAAGCCCUUCGCCAGGUGUACAAACAUGUGUCUAAAUGUGCAAGGACUGGGACGCCCAACAAUUCUGCUUGGUGCGACUUUAGAUGCUACCAUCAGACACACCAUUAACACUGCACCUGUCACAUGCUAGGUACAGAGUCUCCAUCAGAACAUGGCGCAUUUAUAAUGGGUGCAGUGUGUGUGGUGCACGCGGGCCCCCAUGAAGCACCAGUAUGCACGGCACUACAUUGAUCAAACUGAAAAUAAACUACAGCUCCCAGCAGCCCUUGUUGCCAGGAACUCCCAGUGCUUUACUUUAUUUUCAUUUUUUUCAUUAGAGCAUUGCGGUGUCAGCUCCAGAAACAGUGCUCCUGACUGCCAAGAUUUAGCCCUAUCGGUGGGCCCAGGGACCCGCAAGGCCUUAAGAGACCACUUUGGUCGCAUAGCGGUAAAUCCAUCACUAACCGGCAGCAAUGUGCAUGCGUCACCUCAAAUCACAGAUGUCGGUUCUGAAGUGGUUAUUAACACUGCUAGUGUUACUGUUCGUGGGGACAGCUGUCCCCACACUGGUGCAAUAAUGAAGUGUUCCUGUUCUAAAAUAUCCACUGCUGCAACUCGCGGUGAGUUAGAUGCUUAAUUAUUUUGGGGCUGUCCUUUGAAAGAAAACAUUAGUGUUAUAAGUAGUGUGUAUUAUUUAAAUGUACAGUUAAGCUCACAAGCAAUGUGCAUUGUGUGUUCAGAACCUGCUUUAUCUGUUUUCAUUUAUUUAUAGCCUUUCCAUACUGCUGGCAUUGUUGAUAUGUCAGUAAAUCCUGCCUUGUAACCUGUAAAAAGACAAAAAUAGUAAAAAUUGUAUUUAUUUAUUAUUAUUUAUUACCAGUUAUUUUUAUAGCGCACACAUAUUCCACAGCGCUUUACAGAGAGAAUAUUUGGGCAUUCACAUCAGUCCCUGACCCAGUGGAGCUUGCAAUCUAUAUUCCCUGCCACAUGUUCAUGUACAUACAUGAACGAUAGGGUCAAUUUGGUUGGGAGCCAAAUAGCCUAUAUAUGAUUUAGGAUGUGGCAUAUUCAUUUGCCCUUUGAUAUGAAAAGUUUAGUUUUGUGAGAUCCACAACAUUUGCAUAAGGAGCAUUAAUACUUACUUUUGGCAGCACCUUUAUUUAUUUGAAACUAUUGAGUAUGCAGACAGGAGAAAAAUAUUUGUAAUUUCGCCUGUAAAUCUGGGAAUAUAAUUCAAUUAAACCAAUUAUCCCAUUCACAGUUUUUUUUUUUACUACAGUUAAUUUUAGAAUUUGUACAUAUUUAUAUAUAUAUAUUUAAUAGCAUUGAAAAAGCAAUACAUUUUUAUUGUGAAAAAGCAGUCUUAAACGUCAGGGCAUGCUGAGUUUUUCUAUCCAACAUGCACCUGGAUAGCGCUAUGGGGCUGAUUCUGAGUCACAAUCAGAGUGGCUGUACUUGUGGGCAGCUGCAGAAGCCUGAUUUACUACUUUAUCCUAAUAUGAUAAUCUGUUCAACUAAUGUGGGGAAACGUGCGUGUGCAAGCAGAAACCAGUGCCACCAUAACCAGUUAUCAUUAGAAUCGCCACUUGCACCAGCCCCAUGCUAGGUGCAAGAGAUCCAUCAGAAACGUUGUCUUCCCUUCCCCAUAUGUGUAAAGUACCGUAUCUAAUGCACAUGCGCUGUAUGCAAACAUUCACCAUUUACGUCCAUGAACAGAUCUGUGUGACUCAGAAUUAGCCUCUUUGUGCUAUGCAUAUAGAAACUGUAGUCAAAUAUCGUCAAAUACAGUGUGUGUGUUUUAUUGUUAAUUGGCAAAACCUUUUUGUUAGUGCUGUUUAAUUGUUACUAUUAUCCCAUGAAUAGAGCUCACAAGUUCCAUAGCUCUGUACAUUAUGGGGAUACAUUUAAAAAUAAGAUGAAAAAACAGGGGUAUUGAAAGCGAGAGAUCCCUGAUUGAAGAAUAUUCAGUGUACAUGGAUUGUGAGUACUGGUACAUAAGAUAAGUAAUGAGCAGAACACUACCACUGUCUGAGUAACUGAAGCAGGACUUGAUACACCGUGGCUCUCCAAUUGUCUUGGAACAACUUUACCACACCUGGUGAACCAUAGGUUGCAUACGCCUGUACCGCUACAUAGAGAACCAUAACACAUGUAGUAUGCACAGCAUAUAAAUGUAUUGUUAUUGCAUCAUGCUUGCUCACAACUGACUGUAAUGUACAUACUGGGCUUGAUUCUGAUAUGGUUCUUAUUGCACAACUGCAAGGAAGCGGCUGUGCAAAACCAUAUAGCAAAUAUUUUAAUGUUGCGAGCAAUCCUGCUGCGGCUAAGGGGGAACUGCGAGCAAUCAUCCACAGGCAAAUGCGCAGGGGGGGAAUUCCAGUUGCAUGGAAACCCUCCUUCCCCACAGUCUGGCCAGCAGCCACUACAUGCAGCAUAAAGGGUGCAUUGGAGCUGCUACACAUGCCCAGUGGCACAUUUUCCUACCAAGUCUGCUGUGUGUGUCUGUGGAUCUGAGUGCUCAAUCAUCGCACCAGAGAGAGAAUUUGGAAAGUGGUUUACCUUGAUCUUUCGGCCUACGUAUGUCUGAAAUACUGUAUGACAAAAACUGCACUUUGGGGCAGACUAUAGCUUGUACAUACUAAUUAUGCAUCCUUCAUGGUCUGGCAAACAUUUGGAUAUCCCCCUCCAGAAAUCCUGCAUUUGCCCUGAUCAUGCGCAGUUCCCCAAACAUCGGAUUGUGUGUAAAUUAUUGGGUUUGCAACUUUGCAUACAAAUCUGAAUCAGGCCCACAGUCAGCCAAAGCUGUCUUAGUUUGGUCUUUUAUUAAAUGGCCUGCAACAUUAAAAAUCAUAAAGGAUAGAUAGAUGAUGUGGGUUGUGCAAUAUAUCUACUGCUCCAAGUGUACAGCUUGUGAAGUCAGUUCAGUUAUCAUUUUGCAUUUAAGUCAGUUGUAAGUCACUUAGAAAACCAGCGCAAAUAUAUGAAAUGAAAGCCCCGCAUGCAAAAAAAAACACCCCCAAAAAAAUAAAAAAAAUAAAACAACAAAUCCGUUUUAAUUUCUUAGCAUGUUGGUAAUAGCUUAAAUUUGUCUUUUAGAUGAGUGCAUUGAAUUUCCAAAUGAAAGAGAGAUAUAAGAGAUAUUAUAAGGUAACGAUAAUUAAAUGUAUAAAAGUGACUUUGAAUUGCACCUUGAAACUAUUUUGGACAAGAAUUAGGGCCAGUGAGUUUACAGUUUUUUUCAAGGCUUAAAUUGGCCCUUCGAGUUUCUCAAAACCUUUAAUACAGCAUAGGAUUACUUUGAAUGUACUGCAGUCUGUUGUCAAGUUAAGUGAGCAACUAAUUUGUAUCCUUUUAUGUGGUUAUGAUCCAGUUUUGCAUGAAACAAUACCUUGAUGAACUUUGGCAUGGAAUAUUUUUGUGAGGAUAUUGAACUGCCUGUUAUUUCUUGUAAAUAAAACAUAAAAAGUAAAAGAAAACAUAGUAUGAAUAUAUUUAAAAAUUCUAUUAUACAAUGUGAUCUCUGGCUGACUUUUUUUCUAUUCUUUUUGAAAAACUACGUAAAGAAUCUUAAUUUCAAUGGGGUGGCUAUAAAAGCACAUUUGAAGAUACUGUGCAAUUUUGGGGGUGAUAUAAUACUGUGACAAAGAUUUACAAUAAUUUUACAUUGUUGGAUUUUAUGAAUAAAUGAAGCACCUGUUAA